AUGGAGAGUUCUCAGAGUGGAAGACAAGGAUUGAAAGAAGGUGUAAGCAAAGAAACUAUGAAAGAAGAAGUAACCAAUAUCACAAAGGAUAGGAUUACAGAAUUACCUGAAGUGAUUUUACACAAGAUUCUUGCUUUCUUAAAAGCAAAGGACGCGGUUCGAACAACCAUCUUGUCGAAAAGAUGGGAAAGUAUUUGGGCUUCCUUUCCUGUUCUAGAUUUUGAUGAAUCCUUCUGGUGUUCUCGCAAAGAGUUCAUAGAUUAUGUAGAAAAUUCACUACAGCGACGCUCGAAGGUGAACAUUCAGAAAUUCAAGCUAUAUAUGAAGGAUCUGAGCCGUAGAAAUCUCGAUAUCUCUUCUCACAUUGACUCAUGGAUAAAAUUUGCAAUAAAAGGAAACCUUGAAGAGCUAGAUCUCAAUAUGCCACCUAAUGUUUCCAUACAACUUCACAGGAAGUUAUGGUAUAAUUUGCCACAGAGCAUCUUCAAAACAGAGUCUUUAACUGUAUUGAAGUUAAGAAGGUGUAGGUUGGUGACUUCUAAUGAAAUUAAACUUCCUGUUCUGAAGACAUUAUCUUUGGAGGACAUAAAUGCAGAAGAUGGGUUUAUCCAAAAACUACUCUCUACUUUCCUGGUUCUUGAGACAUUGAGUUUACUACGUUGCAUUGGUUUGAAACAUUUUUACUGUUCUAGUUCUAAGCUACAAACCUUACUAGUGCAGUGUAUGCCUCAACUGAACAAGUUUGAUAUAGAAACUCCAAACCUCCAAUCCUUUUCUUUGGCUCUAUUUGAUCAAACUUACCCAUUUGCUCAAUCAUUUCAAAUCAAUGCAGCAAGGCUGAAAUCUUUAUCACUACAUUGCCUUGCAAUAACAGAAGAGAUAUUUGAAGGUCUUAUUUCUAAGUUUCCUCUCAUUGAGAAUCUAAAAGUGGUUAGCUGUGGAUUGCCCAGAAAAUUUAAGUUCUAUAAAUUGGAGAAGCUUACAAGUUUGAUGGUGUUCGAAUGCAUGAAUCUGGUUGAACUUGAGAUUGAUGUUCCAACACUCAAUUCUUUCAAUUAUACUGGUCAGAUAUUGCUGAUAUCUCUCAUGAACACUUCUUGCAAACUUAAUGUGGAACUUAAUUUACAACCUAUUUUUGUUAAUUCUUGCUGGUUCUCUGGAUUGAGGGAGAUGCUUGGGUGGUUUGGUCAUGUCCAAAUUCUAACAAUAUUUUGCAAGGCUCAUGAGACAGAGAUGUUCAUCAUUCCAAAAGACUUAAGGGAAAGUUCAGUGCCUCCACUACUUGAUCUGAAGCACUUGCAGCUUAAGACAUCCUCAGAAUCAAUUAUGAAUUAUGAAGAACUUAUUGAUAGUCUGCUCUGGAUUUCUCCAAACAUGGAGACUCUAUCUAUAGAUACAGAUUCCAGCUGCAAAAUUCUGAAGUUUCAACCUAAAGAUCUACUGGGCGAAUGCGAAGAAUGA